UGAAAGAAUAUUAACGAGGAAAAGACAUGUUAAGCUUGCCCAAUUCAGAGCCCAACACUCUUCUCUCUGAUGAUCAGUCAACUCACAUAGUACUACACUGUAUCACUGCAAUUAAUAUUGCUUUUAAAAAGAUAAGAACCAUUCAUACUUUAUUAUUUUAUUAGAAAUACAUACAAAACCAGACGAAGCUUCUCUCUUCUCUCUUCAUCUUCAUCUCAAGAAUCAACCCAACUCAACAAAUAACCAAAAUCCGCCAUUGAAACUGAGACGCCUUCAUCGACCGCACUUAGCUUCUCAUGUCUUGUCUUCUCAUCCAUGGAUUUCACGGUCAUUCUUCUUUCUUUUCUUUUUUCAUUUUGAAGUUUGGUUUUUGUAGAGUAAAGCUUGGUGGUGGUGGUGGUGGUGGUAAUAAUAAUAAUGGUUGUAUGAAUGAACAGAGAGAUCGAGCUCUUUGACGAUGGGAGAACGGAUCUGUGCGGCGUUUAUGCGUUCAUUGCGAUUGUUGAGGACUUGAUAUUGGCCGUCGUCGAUUGCUUUGAUUGCCGGCCCCUUUCCAACAAGAACUCUCGUUACCAUUAUGAAGAUCUUGUUCGUCUCGUCGAUGAGACCAGAUUUUCUGUGAAUGAAGUGGAGGCCUUGUAUGAGCUCUUUAAGAAGUUGAGUAGUUCAAUCAUUGAUGAUGGGUCUAUUCACAAGGAAGAGCUUCAAUUGGCCCUGUUCCAAACUCCACAUGGCGAAAAUCUUUUCCUAGACCAGGUUUUUUAUCUUUUUGAUGAAAAGAUAAAUGGUGUUAUUGACUUUAUGAAUUUGUAUAUGCACUCAGUAUCUUUCAUCCCUGUAUAGAAGAAAAAAUCGAUUGUAAGUGUGUUCAAAAAGAAUUUCAAUCCUAAAAUGCAAAACAGAUACACUAAUCUGAUUUUCGGUUACUUUUGUGCUCUUGAGCGAGGAAAAGUCCGAUUUAUUGAGCGAGAAGAAGGUAAGCAUAUUCUUUUGCAAUAGUAGUAAAUUAUUAUGGUGUUUUGGCUAAUAAUGGCCUCUCUUUGCGUCCGUAGGUUUUUGCACCUGCAAAAGUCUAAUUUAUUGUAGUAUAAAUUAAUACAGCAAAAUCUUGUAAAAUAUAUUAGAACGUAAUAAAGUGUUUGUGCAAAUAUAACUAAUAUUAAUUAAUUUCAAACCGAUAUGGAAUUUUUGUAACAAUUUUUUUUUCAGUACUCUAUAUAGUAUAUAGUUACAUUAGAAGCUGCUUAAACUUUUCAGUUUAUAUAUAUACGGAAGAAUUAAAAUUAAGUAGUAUUUCUUUA